GUCCUUGGAGAAGCCCCAAGAUGCAGACUGAGAAGGAAGAGACGAGGAAGAGCUUCAAGCAGAGGCUGGCUUUGAAGAGCAGCUUAGCCAAGGAAACGAUUUCCGAGUUCCUGGGCACAUUUAUAAUGAUUGUUCUUGGAUGUGGCUCUGUUGCCCAAGCUAUCCUCAGUAGAGGACAUUUUGGAGGAGUCGUCACUACCAAUGUUGGAUUUGCAAUGGCAGUUGUAAUGGCCAUUUAUGUAACCGGGGGCGUCUCUGGUGGCCACAUUAACCCAGCUGUAUCUUUCGCAAUGUGUGUCUUUGGAAGGAUGAAAUGGUCUAAAUUCCCGUUUUAUGUGGGAGCCCAGUUUUUGGGAGCCUUUGUGGGGGCUGCAACUCUUUUUGGCAUUUACUAUGAUGGACUUAUGUCCUUUGCUGGUGGAAAAUUGCUCAUCGUGGGAGAAAAUGCAACAGCGCAAAUUUUUGCAACAUACCCAGCUCCAUAUCUAUCACUGGGGAAUGCAUUUGCAGACCAAGUGGUGGCCACCAUGUUCCUCCUCUUGAUUGUCUUCGCCAUUUUUGACUCCAGAAACUUCGGGGUUCCUAAAGGCCUAGAGCCCAUUGUCAUUGGACUCCUUAUCAUUGUCAUUUCUUCUUCUUUGGGACUGAACAGUGGCUGUGCCAUGAAUCCAGCUCGAGACCUGAGUCCCAGACUUUUCACUGCUUUGGCAGGAUGGGGGUUUGAAGUCUUCACAGCUGGAAAUAACUUCUGGUGGAUUCCUGUAGUGGGCCCUCUGAUUGGUUCUGUCAUUGGAGGUCUCCUCUACUUUCUUCUCAUUGAAAUCCACCACCCAGAUCCUGACCCAGACUUCAAGGCAAAAAAAUCUGAGGACAAACAAGAGAAAUAUGAACUUAGUGUUAUAAUGUAACGGCAUGCUUGGUUCCGGAUUUGCAGUUGGUUUGGUGUGUUCUUUAGGAAAAAUGGCAUCCAAGUGUGUGUGGUUUUUUAAAACUGGGGUGAAAUCCACCCAAUUUUCUCUGCUAGCCAUAUGAUCGCAAAGACAUCUGAGUGAAGGUUUGGAAACACUGAUUUCUUCUCUACCAGUCACCCCGCUCCCCAGAAUAGCACUGACUUCCACCUGAAACAGUCUUCUCUCUGCCUGUUUACUCUGUCCUUGAGGGGACUCCUUAUUACGAGGUGAGCACUAAUAACUCGGAACCUUGACAAUGGACUGACUUGGAUGGUUUCAGCUGUGUUACUUAUAUGAAAUGGCGUCACCAAAAGCCUCACCUUCAAUAUCUACAAAUAUUACAUUCUGAGUAUCAACCAAAACUUACACUGAAAGACAAAAGUGGUUUCAGUUAAUAUGCAUGAACUAGAGAGUUAAAGGCUUAGUUUUCUAGUUAAGUUGUACUACUAUCUUUGCAUAAAUACUAAUAUUCUCCAAAUCUAGGGAUGUUAGAAGCAGUAGAAUCCCAUAGUAAGCACAGGGGAAGGGCAUUGUGGCAUUUAGAAACCUCAGGAGACAAGAUAAAUUUGGGAAACCAAAUGGAAUUUUUUAAAUGGAAACCAUUUAUCAGAUUAAUCUCUUGCUCUUCUGCAUUUUAGAGGGCACCAAUUAAUUUCCUGGUCUUUUCUAUAUAAUAGCCUAAAAUACAAUUCUAAGCUUAGUCAUGAAAAAUACAUCGCUCUACAUUUUUAGUGCAAAUGUAUUUCCCUAAUUGCCCACUUGAGGACAGACGCUUGGCAAGUUAAGUCAACGGCUGCACACAUCUAUUACACCGCACAUGCUCCAGAAGCCAAUCCUGAGAAAGCACACUGCUCCUGGUCCAGCAGACUGUUCAAGGUGGAAAGCCCCUGGAAAGAUAACCUUGCCUCCUUGGGCUUUACAGUUCACAAAACGUUUUCAUACACAUGAUCUAGUUUUAUUCUAAUAAUGACUGCCUGAGGUAGAUACCAUGAUGCCCACUUUUCAGAUAGAGAAAAUCUCAGGGAAGUUGACUGAGUUGUCCAAGAUUUUGUGAAAGGUGAACAUUGUCUAAUGUAUCUCCUCACCUUUCAGAAGAUGGAUGACUGGUUGAGAAUCCUUGCCAAUUUUUCCUGACUGGGCAGAAAUGGGAUCCGCAGCUUUCAGAAUAUAUGUAUCUUAUGGCUAAACUACUCCUGAAUCUUAGGGCAUGAGAUCUCAAGAUCCCACUUUGUCUGGUUUUGUUCCCAGUGUUGCUGAUGCACAAGUGAAGGAAAGAGGUAGCAGUCUGAACAGCUUUCAUCUGCUAAAAGCAUUAUCAGAAGGCCUCCCUUCAUAAACCCCCUAAGUCUUGCUCUUCCUUCCCUGCCAGCCCCACACAUGGCAUUCAGGGAAUUUUGUCUUCCUCUACCUCUUCCCUGUGAAGUUCCCUAACUGAUGGUACUUUCAACCAGAGCAUCUCUGUGAGUUACAACACUAAGAGAACUGGAAUGCACCUUCAGUCCAAAUGUCAAAAGCCCAGAAUUCCAGAGGCAUCCAGCUUCCCAACUACUUGGUGAUGCUAGCAGAACAACAGAAGGCAAAUGGAAAAUGUCUCUGAUGGCCUGUGUUCUACAACCUAUGGACAUGUGAAAAAAAAUUUUUUCUUGCUCUGAAGCUACCUGGAUAUUCCCAAUUUAAAAUAAAAUGAUUGGGUGGUU